AUGUCAAAGUCAUGGAAAGCGACGCUGAGGCUUCCCCGUUCAACCUUUCCAGCUCGGCCGAAUCCAAAGCAGCAGCAGCAGCUCCUACGCGACUGUACAGAUAGCUUCUACCAGUGGCAGACAAGCAACAGGCCCCGAGAGAACCCGUUCGUCCUCCACGAUGGCCCGCCGUACGCCAACGGGCCACUCCAUGCCGGCCAUGCGAUCAACAAGACCCUCAAGGACAUCAUCAACAGGACCCAAGUGCAGGCUGGUAGGAGAGUCAUGUACAGGCCAAGCUGGGACUGUCACGGCCUUCCUAUCGAGAUGAAAGCGCUCGGCGAGAGCGGCACAAAGGGAUUGAGCCCCCCCAAGAUUCGAGAGUCUGCCAGGCGCUUGGCGAGCAAGACAAUCCUGGACCAGAUGAAGGGGUUCAAGUCUUUUGCUGUCAUGGCCGAGUGGGAUAACAAGUGGACGACAAUGGAUCGAGCGUUUGAGAUCAGACAGCUUCGCGUGUUUCAGAAGAUGGUUCGCAGUGGCCUCAUAUAUCGCAAGCAUAAGCCGGUAUACUGGUCGCCAUCGUCUCGCACGGCCUUGGCUGAGGCAGAGUUGGAAUACCGUGACGACCACGUGUCAACUGCCGCCUAUGUCAGGUUCCCCGUCAUGUCGGAUUGGAGCUCGGUUCCCGGUUUGAACGAGUUCAAAGGUCGACUCUACGCUGCUAUAUGGACAACCACCCCCUGGACGCUUCCCGCCAACAAGGCCAUUGCUAUGCACGACGAACUCGAUUAUGCCGUGCUGCAGGUCGGAGACGACGGACUUUUGGUUGCGGAAAGCCGUGUAGAGGUCCUUCAGAAGAACAUGCCCUCUGCAGCGGUCAUUGCGAAAUCGAUUCCUGGUUCGCAGCUCAAGGGUCUCAUGUAUCGGAAUAAGCUCAGGGGAAGCUCUUCGUCUUUACAGCCAAUUGUUCACGCCGAUUUUGUCUCUGCCGACUCCGGUACUGGUCUGGUUCACAUGGCGCCUGGACAUGGCCAGGAAGAUUACCAAGCUUGCUCGGCGUUUGGCAUCGAAGCGUUUGCGCCCAUCACGGACGAGGGUCAUUUCACCGCGGAGGCCUAUCCAGACGAUCCUGAGAAGCUGACCUCGGCGCCUUCUAUCCUCGAGGGCGGAAGUCAGGCGGUGCUGGAUCUGGUGGGCGAAGAUGUGCUCUGGACUCAUAAGCUCGAACACAAGUAUCCAUAUGACUGGCGUACGAAGAAACCUGUUGUUAUCCGGGCUACGGCGCAAUGGUUCGCAGACGUGGAAAGCAUCAAAGAAGACGCUUUGCAGGCGCUGAGCAAGGUGCGCUUCGUCCCGGAAUCGGGUAGGGUACGCCUCGAAAGCUUUGUCAAGGGGAGGAGCGAAUGGUGCAUUUCUCGACAGCGAUCCUGGGGCGUGCCCAUCCCCGCUCUCUAUGAUGAAAAUGGUAACGCUGUCAUGACGGACGAGUCCAUUGAGCACAUUAUAUCCGUCAUGCAGCAGAAGACAUCAGACGCCUGGUUCUCCGAUGCCCCAGACGACCCAGCAUGGAUCGCGCCAUCGCUCAAAGGAACUUAUCGGCGCGGAACCGAUACAAUGGAUGUCUGGUUUGACAGCGGCAGCAGCUGGACAGAGAUCGGGCGUCCCGUAGAUGUCUACCUUGAGGGUUCUGACCAGCACCGAGGUUGGUUCCAGUCGAGUCUUCUCACGUUUGUGGCCGCUCAGAAGGCAGAUGGAAAAGCCAGAGCCGAUAUUUCUGCCCCUUUUGGGACACUCAUCACCCACGGAUUCACGCUCGAUGCGCAGGGCAAGAAGAUGUCCAAGUCUCUAGGCAACACCAUUGUACCCAGCGAAAUCAUGGAGGGCAAAUUGCUGCCUCCCCUGAAGACCAAGGGGAACGAUACUACCAAGCGAUUCGACGCUCUCGGCGCCGAUGCCAUGCGACUCUGGGCUGCCAGCAGCGACUUUACGUCUGAUAUACUCGUGGGCGCGUCCAUCCUACAGCCGAUACACAACGCCCUGAUCAAGUACCGGACGACUCUGAAGAUGCUGCUUGGGUCACUGCACCAGUCCGCGCUCCAGGCGCCGUUGACAAAGCUUGACCAGAUUGCCAUCUUGCAGCUCCAGGAUGUCAUGGCGCAGGUCUGGGAGGCAUACGGCAACUACGAAUUCCACAAGGCUACCGGGCUGAUCAACCGAUGGAUUGCGACUGAUCUCUCGGCUUUCUAUCUGGAAGCCCUAAAGGACCGCCUCUACUGUGGCGACGGAGGCGGUGUUCUGGUGCCCAUUCUGUACGGAUUCCUGCGGAUGCUGGCGCCAAUCACGCCGAUGCUGGUUGAAGAGGCCUGGUCUCACAGGCCAUCGUGGAUGGCGGAAGAUGCGUCAUUCGAGCAUCCAGCACGGCAGCUCUACAACUCGCCCGUAAUCGAUCCUGCCAGGUUAACACUGGACCAGGCGCAGCUACGACGAGACUUGCCCGUCUUGUCCGCCGUACACGAUGCCGUCAAGGCGGGACUGGAGCAGGGUCGAGAGUCGAAAGCGCUCGGCAGCUCCCUGCAGUGCUCCGUGAGCAUUUCCGUCACAGAUGGCCGCUUAGCGAACGUUUUAGAGAGAUAUCUUGACGAGCUGGACGCCAUGUUUGUGGUAUCGUCUGUCGAGUUGAACACUUCUCUUUCAUUAGAGAGGCCCGACUGGUGCUAUUCCAAGGAGUUUACAGUAGACGGCGUGCAGGGCGUUGUGCAUGUUUUGCCGCCGAAGCAGAGCAAAUGUUCUCGGUGCUGGAGAUACGCGGCCGACGAGGAGGAAGGACUGUGUGGGCGAUGCGAAGAUGUUGUGGCAGCUCAUCCUGAUGCGGCUUCAUAG